AUGGGGUACCACAGGUCCAACUACCGACCUCUCCAACAGCAUCGGACAGAUUCAUCGCAUGUGUACGGCCUGAACCGGCCAGAAAGCACACUCUGCGUAUGGGACUACAGACCUAGAGGGACAGUUCUACUGAGCGAGAAAAUCAAGAGCGUGGAAGGUGCGGAUGUUGUCAUCAUAGGCUGCAAGCCGGACAUGUUAGCCGCCAUCUUGCAAGGAAUGUGCAAAAGUAUGAAAGAAGCGCUGGCUGAAAAGCUGCUCGUCUCCGUCUGCGCCGGUGUGCCGGUUGAGCAGAUGGGCCGUGUCAUUUACAGCGAUGAAUGUCCAGCCGAUCCGCCAAAGAAUGCAUCCCUGGAAAAUGUUUGGCGUUGGGUGGCCUGGGAGAAGAUCAAUCCAUUAUUCAUUGUGGAAGCAGAACACCAAACUGAUGGCAACAUGUCGAGAAAGAUUGAUUUAAAUUUUACAUCUGAAUCUUCACAUAUUUCCCAUAGCCCUGCCUUAUAG